AUGGAACCUAAUGAAAUGCCUGCUGUCCACCACUGCCCCUCAGACUCUGCCACAGAGGGUGAGGCCAGAGUCCCCCAGGGCUUGGAGCUUAUCCCUAGGAGAGCUGUCAGUCGUUCUCCAACCUGCGCCCGCUGCCGCAACCACGGCGUCACUGCCCACCUCAAGGGUCACAAGCGCCUCUGCCUCUUUCAGGCUUGCGAAUGUCACAAAUGUGUCCUCAUCCUGGAGCGCCGAAGGGUCAUGGCUGCCCAGGUGGCCUUGCGUAGGCAGCAGGAGGCACAGCUAAAAAGGCACCUGGCUCAGGGACUGAUGAGAGGGGCAGCCCCUCCCAAAGCUCCCAACCGUGUCAAGAAAGGAGCCACGCGACCAGGGGUACCCUCUGAAAAGGAGAACAUAGUGCCCCAGCCUCAGACUCUCCAUGGGGCAGUCCCACUGGCACUGACACCCCCUGGGAAGAACUCCCGGGGGCCUCUGCUGCUUAGCCGUCCUCCGGAAGCCUUGCCUUUGCCAUGGACUCCGGUGCCUCCAGGUGCUUGGGCCCCUGGACACUGGCUGCCUCCGGGCCUUUCCAUGCCACCUCCAGUGGUGUGCCGCUUGCUAUGCCAAAAACCUGCUGUCCCUCUGCAUCCCUUCUCUGGCUUUGACCCUGGCACCACCCUCCAGCUACCCAGUCAUGGACCCCUCCCACCCUGCCCAGGAUCUCGCCCAAUACUGACAGCUCCUCCUCCUGGAGAACCCCAAGGGUCCUCUGCCCUGCCCCGCACAUGCUCAACUUUGAUACUUCAGCCCUGUGGCACCCCAGAUCCUCUUCUGCUACAGCCACAGGCCCCUGGAACCUCUUGCCUGUCGUGGACCUCUGGCCCCUCAGAGCGACAGCUGCAGCGGGAGGCAGCUGAGGCUCUUGUGGGGCUGAAAGAUUCAUCCCAGGCUCCCCGCUUGACCCCUUCUGUCCCCCCCAACUCUGCCUGGAUCUCCCUGCUCCACCCCUGUGGCCCACCAGCUCCUGCUGGAGGAAGAGGAUUCCAGCCUGUUGGUCCCUCUCUCCGACCCAGCCCAGCCCCCUCCGUGGCUCUGCAUAUUGGGCGUCUGGGGUCCAUCUCCCUCCUAAGCUAG